GACUCGCUUUUCGUUAUGGAGGCACCUGCAUGCUUGCAGAGAGGAGGAGAUUUCUCAGAGAGUUACAGAGCCCGUGGCAGAGCUGAGGGCUGGUCCCAGGCUUGGCUGGUCAGUGCCAUCAGGUUCAUGAACCACCGGGUCCCCGCCCACAAGCGGUACCAGCCCACCGAGUACGAACAUGCCGCCAACUGUGCCACCCACGCUCUCUGGAUCAUCCCCAGCAUCCUCGGAAGCUCCAACCUCUACUUCCUGUCCGACAACAGCUGGGAGACCAUUUCCGCCUCCAUCUAUGGCCUUGGCCUCUGCGCCCUCUUCGUGGUGUCCACCAUAUUCCACACUGUCUCCUGGAAGAAGAGCCACCUCAGGAUGGUGGAACAUUGUCUGCAUAUGAUUGACAGGAUGGUCAUCUAUUUCUUCAUAGCAGCCUCCUACGCGCCCUGGCUGAACCUUCGGGAGCUGGGUCCCUGGGCCUCCCACAUGCGGUGGCUGGUCUGGAUUAUGGCCUCUGUGGGCACCAUCUAUGUCUUCUUCUUCCAUGAGCGGUACAAGCUCGUGGAACUGCUCUGCUACGUUGUGAUGGGCUUCUUCCCGGCCCUGGUCAUCCUCUCCAUGCCCAACACCGAUGGUAUCUGGGAGCUGAUGACCGGAGGGGUCUUCUACUGCUUGGGCAUGGUGUUCUUCAAGAGUGACGGCAGGAUCCCCUUUGCCCACGCCAUCUGGCACCUCUUUGUGGCGUUCGGUGCUGGCACCCACUACUACGCCAUCUGGAGGUACCUCUACCUGCCCAGCACCCUGCAAACCAAGGUGUCCAAAUGAGAUGGCCCAGACUCCAUCCGUCCCUUGGGCUUUGGGAUCAGAGCAUCACUGGGCGUGAUCUGUGAACUGUCACCGGAAUCAGUGCCGAGGCCCUGCCCUUCCCUGGACUGAGUUUUUGCAGGGUGUGAGUUUCCUUCUGGUGACAGCCAGGCCAUCCCUGAAGACUGGUAAGAAGGAGAGCUUUUAGUCAUCUCCACGAAGGAGAAACUAACCCUGCCGUGCGUUUCUACCGUAGACGAGCGUUUCCUAACAACCAGCAUUAACGUCUUCAGAAAGGGCAGACUGGGGAACCAUGGGCCGAGCCGUGCCUUUGAAAGUCCUGAGGAGUCUAGUGGGUGGCACAGAACCCACUUGCCAGGGCCUCUCUCUGUGCUGCCAAGGUCCCAGCUGGGAAAUUGUCCCCUGUUCAGACGAGAGGUGGCACAUCACACCCUUGACCGUGGAAGAGAGCGCCUGUCAAUCACAGCCUGUGCCUGGGGUCAGAAUUCUUUUCCGCUCGGUGCCCUGGGUGCCCACUACCCAUCGGUUUGGCACUGCGGAUGGAACCUCCCGGCUCAUCCAGUCUGGCGACCUCUGAAGGGAUCACGGGCAGAGCAGAUGGAAGUCACCAAGGGGCUAAUGGCACUAAUGCCUUCGACUCCCUCUUCCUUUCUCCUUCUGGAGAAGCUCUUGGAGUGGGCAGCUUUGGGCACUAGCGGGAGACUGAGGCACCCCAGCGGGGCAGCCCCCAAUGCCUCCAAGAACCAGAGUUGGUCCUCAGCACUGAGGAGGAGGGAGCAGGAGAAGCGCGGGUGCUGCUUCUUGGCCAUUUCUUCUCAUCCCGAAGAGUCCAGAGAAACAAUGACUCAUUCAUUCAUCAGAGGGGACAAGCAGGUCCCUGGGAACCUGCUCCUCUGCCUGUGGUGGUGCCAACAUUGGGAGUCUCUCCAGGUGCCAGGUCAUGGCUCCUAGAGGCCACUCAGCUGCGCUCCUUGGCCUCACCUGGAUGUGGACCUGUGCAGAGCAUCCGGGUCCUGGCCCUCUGGAGGGCCCACCCAGCCAACACCGCAGCCCCCGAGGGCCUGACCCCACAUCCUGCGGGACGGGGCCAGCCUCUCUCUGGACUUUUGCUGGGGACAGGACAGAAGUGGCUGCCCGGCUCUGGGAUCUGAAUUGGCAUCUCAGAACCUCUGGGUAAUAACACAUCUGUCUCAAGUUUGAAGGUUCUUAUUCCAUGACUUCCAACCCGACUGGGGUGGACAAAGGUGGACCGACACAGGGUGCCUUAUGCUUCCUUCUAGAACAUUCCAGGGCAUUUCUGAGCUCCCGGGGACCUGGAAUCCCGUUGGUUCAAGCCAGUGUUAAAUCAUCUUGACACAUUCCUCAGACAGCUGGCUUCUGAGUGGGGGAUGCCUUGGGCUGGUUCUGUUUACCUGUCCAUGUGUGCACACCUGCAUAUCUGCCCUCCGUCCCCUGGCAGGUGUCUUGGGUAAACCUGUCCCUGUGACUCCCUGGGUGUCUCCAACCAGCUGGGGCCAGGACUGGAGGUCAGAGGGAAGGGAAAGCUUUGGAGGCGAGGGCAGCCGGGGAGAGGUUGUCUCCCGCCUGGGGUCAGAGACACAGAGAACCGACUUCUGCCUGGGCCUGAGGCUGGGAAAGGGAGUCCCGGAGGACCUGAGGUGCUGCAUGGGAAGGAAGUGUGGCACCAUGCCAGGCCAACCAAAAGUCCCGACAUCAGGAUGCUGCUGGGGACAGGCAGGUUCCCGGAAAUAGUGGCAGGUGCUGGGAAUGUUGACUUGGGCUUCUCUAGUGGCCCCUGAGUCUGGGACCUGCAUCUCUCUGUGCUCCUCCUCUUAGGCACUUGAUGGUACGUUUUCCCAAAACAGCCACCCCUGUGUGCCCCUCUUGAGGUGCCAGUCCCUCUGCAGGGAUCUUUGUUCACCUCCUUAUCUACCCAACUCCUACGCAUCCUUCAAAACCCAGCCCGGGCAUCAGCACUGAGGCGCAUGUCCUUGGUCUGACUCCGGGCUCGGCCUCCUGUGCCUCCCUGUCUCGCCUACACCAGUGCUCAGGGACCUGUCUGUCAUCCAGGUACUUGUAUGCUCCCUGAGGGAAGAGCUGUGUCUCCCUAGGCUUGGGGCCAAACCUGGCAUCCCCAUGAGAGAGCUUCAGCGUCCCCAGCUGUAAGAUGACCUUGUUGCAGCUGUACGUCGGCACCUUACAGGGCUGCCUGAAGACACAGCAGGAUAAGGGAAGUGUGACACGGGGCCUUGCAUGCUCCUUCCUUCUGCUAGCUGUCCACUGGAGAGGCAAGUCGUGAUCACAAAGAUGACACUCUCAGGGGCGUCAGCCAAAGAAGUGAACCCCUAAUGGUAGAAUUUCCAACUGUGGUCAGGCUGGUGAGGACUCUGGAAGGGUGGCGUUCUGAGGGGUCUUGGUCACCUUUCCUGUCCUAGUUCCAAUUUAGGACAUGCUUCCCAUAAACCUGUCUUUUCCCAGCAUCAUUCACAAGUUGAGUUUCCCAGGAUCCACACUCUGGAUCUCCCCCAGCGCAUCACAAACAGUUCAGAGAAGUUCCAUCUGGCCAGUCCCUCUGGUGGGUAAGGCUGUCUCAGAAGCAUCCUAGGCUGGGUUCCUGUGGCUACCCUAGAAGAAUUUGGAUCAAUAUCACAGAAUUGGCCGGUUGCCAUGGCACACGCCUGUACUCCCAGUGGCUCCGGAGGCUGAGACAGGAGGAUGGCGAGUCCAGAGCCAGCCUCAGGAAAAGUGAGGUGCUAAGCAACUCAGUGAGACCUUGUCUCUACACAAAAUACAAAAAUAGGGCUGGGGAUGUGGCUCAGUGGUCGAGUCUUCUUCGAGUUCAGUCCCUGGUACCUGCCCCCCUCCAAAUCUCAGAGCUGCCCUUCCUCUUGAUUGGAAGUUGAAGGUAUGGCAUAUGCGCAAGUCUGAGCUUCUGUCUAUCCCCUGGGGCUCCGAUGAGGUAGAAACCCAGGAAAGUUCUAGGCAGUUGGGAGGAGGAUGUGGAGCUGGGAAUUGCAGUGGGCCUUGAUUUGAAUUUGAAAGUCGCCUUGGUUGUGGGCGGGGCCACGCACAGUAGGGCGGGGCCAGCACUGAGAACUCUUGGGGAUCUCAGGGUUGCAUCUCCCCUGGGGUCUUUAUCACUGACUGGGAAGCUACCUGCAGGCCUCUCCCUAGACUGCAUAGCCUGAUGUAGACGUGCUGGCUCUGGGAACAGCAUCCGUGAGGGCCAGAAAGAGCCAAUGACAAUCCCAACAGUCACUUCCAAUGCAGACAAGGAGCAGGACGCUGUGGAGGUGGGGUUCCCUGUAUGAGCUCCUACUGGAAGGUGGUGGCGGUCUCUGUCUUUGCUAGUGGUUUCCUAGAUGCCCCCUGCAUUGACUGACUCAGUCUCCCUGUGUGGGGAGGAUCAUUAGAGGAUCUUACAAAGCAGAAAGCCAAAGCACAGAGAGGUCUGAUGACUUUCCCAAGGGCACCCAGCUGAGCAAAGCUUUAAAACCAGGACUAUCUGAUGCCCAAGCAUCCUGCCCUUGGCCUACCUUUGCCGCUUCCCAGGAAACUCACUGCCCCUAAGACUUUUCUCCAAGAAAAAGAGCUGAGCUUAAAAAAAUUUGAAAUAACAUGUGCAGAGAGAAAAAAAAAUCAAAUAGCAGUUUUUAAAAAUCUCUGAUGUGUUAACAUUAACAAUUUCCAAGAUGUAAAGAAUUCCACCAUGGUCAAUUUCAGGCUACCAGUGUGGCAUAAAGCUGGAAUUGAUGAGCAUGGCAGACCCCUUCCCAGCCUGAGGAGAGGUCUCCUGGGAGGGGAAGGGGUGGAAAUCCAGGACACCCCCUCAUGCACAGAUCCCUCUGAUCAACUCAACAUGGGGAAAUAAAACUAGAGAAUUCUGGUGGGCACAGGAACUUAGAGGUGCUCUCCAAAAUAGUAGCCUCUAGUUUCAGGGGGAUAUUUAAACUUACACCAAUUAAAAUGAAA